AACAUGGUAAGACAAAAAAACACCUUAAAAAUGAAACGCCUGUUUCCAUGGCGUUCAUUCUGUUUGACAGAUUAAACCACCCGAUCAGUUUCUGAUCAAAAACAGGAUUAAUCAGGAUCUGCUGCUGCAUGGCUGCUGCAGCGGUGGGUGGCCUGGACCAUGCGGAUGUUUGCAGCCUGUGGUUUCAGAUACCAAACAAAAGUAACUUCCAAACGGACAGUUGACGUGUCACAAACAGUGCUUCAUCAAAUUACUCUGCCCUGAGUCACGUCAGAGUCAAGGGCUGCUUGGCACGGCAUGGGAAACUCUUCCAGGAAGGGUGAGGAGGAAGAGGAAGACGAGGGGGGGGAGGACGGAGAGGAGGAAAAGGCAACGAAAAGGGAGAAGGAAGUUGUGGAGGAGGUAGAGCUUCCGCUUGGGGUGGAGGAGCUGCUGGAGAGUGGUGAUCCAGUGCUGGACCUCAGUUACCAUAAAUUCAAGCGUCUUCCUCUGCGUGUUUGCGAGCUGAUGCACCUGGAGAAGCUUUAUGUUUGCGGGAACAGACUGCACACCGUGCCUGACAGCCUCUCCCAGCUGCAGAGGCUGCGGACGCUGGCCCUGGACUUCAACAAGCUGGAUGACAUUCCCCUGGCUGUGUGUGAGCUCACCAACCUCACCCAUCUCUAUGUGGGAAGCAACCGGCUGAUGACCCUGCCGCCUGAGUUUACAAACCUGAAGAACCUGAGAUGCUUCUGGAUGGAGAGUAACUACUUCCAGAGAUUUCCACGGGAGCUUUAUGACCUACCAAACCUCAAGUCCCUACAGAUGGGGGACAACAGGCUGAAAGCGCUGCCUCCGGACUUCUGUCGCAUGGCAUCUCUAAAGGGACUGUGGCUGUAUGGGAACCGCUUCGAAACCUUCCCCAAAGUCCUGCUGCACAUGGAGUCCUUGGAGAUCCUGGACUUUGACCGUAACAAAAUAACAGAGCUUCCCAGCCUGAAGCGUCUGCGGCCACUCCACCUAUUUUCCUACGACCAUAAUCCGGUGAUGGAACCUCCUAAAGUGGGCGAGGAGGUGAUUCUGGUCGGGGAAGGGGCGGCCGAGUUCAUGGAGGUGCGUGAGGCCAGGAAGGAGAGGCGACGCAAGCCCGCAGAGCAAGAGGCCGAGGAGUUGGCUCAGGCUGAAGAAGAGCGAGUGAUCCAUGGAAUCCUAAAGAACUCCAACUCCAAACUCCUUGGAGAUGAAGCUGCAGUGAACAUGGAGGACUCCGACGUUAAAGAAGAGGAAACAUCGAUUAAGGAGGAGGUGCAGGAGGAAUGCGUAGAGUUGCCAGUGACAGAGUGUGACGGAGCCGAUCUUGAAUACGAUGAAGCAAUUAUUGAGUACGAGACUGAAGAGAUCCUGUAUGAAGGUGAGGGGUUUGAGUACGAGGGAGAGCGGCUGGAGUAUGAAAACAUUCCAAUGGACUACGAAUACGAAGACGGGGAGGAGCUGGAAGAUACAGGCGGACAAGACCAGGGGGCAUGAAAACCUGCCCGAACUUUCAGGUGGAAACACAUGAUGGAAAAUACAGAAGAUAUGUGAAAAGAAGACACUCUCAGAUGUGCUGCUAAUUAAAAGUCUAUGUUCAACUGUGAAAA